AGAGAGAGAGAGAGAGAGAGAGAGAGAGAGAGAGAGUGUGUAUGUGUAUGUGUGUGUGUGUGAGUGAGAGCGCGGAGCGGCCGGGCUUCCUACAGCCUCUCGCUCCAGCUCCGUCCGCUCGAGCGCCGGGCGCCGCGGCUCACGCCCAUCUCGUGAGGCCCCGGGAGGCGGGGAGGCGGGCGGGGAGCGCGCGUGCGGGGCGGCCGCCGAGGAGAUGCCCGAGUUCCUGGAGGACCCGUCGGUGCUGACGAAAGACCGGCUCAAGAGCGAGCUGCUCGCCAACAAUGUGACGCUGCCGGCGGGCGAGCAGCGCAAGGACGUUUACGUGCAGCUGUACCUGCAGCACCUCACGGCGCGGAACCGGCCCGCGCCGCCCGCGCAGCCCCCGCUGCCGGCCCCGGCCGCCAACAGCCGGGACUUCUCCAGCGACGACGAACGCGAGCCCACGCCGGUGCUGAGCGCCGCGGGCCGCGGGCGAGCAGGAGGAGGCGCCGCCGCCGCCGGAAGGAAAGCCACAAAGAAAACUGACAAACCCCGAUCAGAGGAGAAAGAUGACCUUGAUGUCACUGAACUCACAAAUGAAGAGCUGUUGUCUCAACUCGUGAAAUAUGGAGUAAAUCCUGGCCCUAUUGUGGGAACUACCAGGAAGCUAUAUGAGAAAAAACUGCUAAAACUGAGAGAACGUGGUCCAGAGUCAAGAUCUUCAACACCUCUGCCAACAGUUUCUUCGUCAGCGGAAAAUGCUAGACAGAAUGGAAAUGACGACUCAGAUAGAUACAGUGACAAUGAAGAAGAGCUCAAGCUUGAGAAGAGAGAGCCGCUAAAAGGCAAGGCAAAGACUCCAGUAACACUCAAACAAAGAAGAGUUGAACAUAAUCAGAGCUAUUCUCAAGCUGGACUUACUGAGACUCUCUGGACAAGUGGAUCUUCAAAAAGCGGACACCUGCAGGGAUUAACUAGGGAGCCUACGAGAGGGUCGAGAAGAACUCCAAGGAAAAGGGUGGAAACUGCAGAACAGUUGCGUGUAGAUGGUGCAGUCAUUUCAGAGAGUCUUCCUAUAGCUGAAACUAUAAUGGCUUCAAGCAACGAGAACUUAGUUGUCAAUAGGGUGACUGGAAAUUUCAAGCAUGCAGCUCCUAUUCUGCCAAUCAGUGAAUUCUCAGACAUACCCAGAAGAACUCCAAAGAAACCAUUGACAAGAGCUGAAGUGGGGGAAAUAACAUUAACAGAAGACAGAAGAAUUGAAAGAGAUAUUCUUAAAGAAAUGUUUCCCUUUGAAGCAGCUACUCCAACAGGAAUUAGUGCUAGUUGCCGCAGACCUAUCAAAGGGGCUGCUGGCAGACCAUUAGAACUUGGUGACUUCAGGAUGGAGGGAGCCUUUUCAUCAAAAUAUGUCCCCAAAUAUGCUCCGCUGGCUGAUGACAAGACAGAAAAGACAAGAAAAGGACGGUCCAUUCCCAUGUGGAUAAAGAUUUUGCUUUUUGUUAUUGUGGCAGUUUUCUUGUUUUUGGUCUAUCAAGCUAUGGAAACCAACCAAGGAAAUCCCUUUUCUAGUUUUCUUAGUGAUGAGUCUAAUGCUGUUAAGGCAAAGGCCAACUGAAUCUUAUCUCAAUGGCACACCCAACCAACUUGGUCUCCUAUUUUUAAUAACUAUAGAAAGAACUCUUGUUGGCUCAAGAACUACUUUUAAAAAUAAUGUGAUUUCAACUUCUUAAAUUUAAUAUUGCAUUGAAAAUGAACAAGACAGUACAAAUGGACUCCAGUUUAAAUGUUUUGGACCUUGGGACUAGUAGGAGAUCACUUUGUGCCAUAUGAGUAAUCUUUUUUUAGCUCUCUGGAACUUUUUUGUAGGCUUUAUUUUUUUAAUGUGAGCAUCUUAAUUCUUUUUUGGAAAAAAAUUGUACAUUUGUUUUGUGUUUUGGGGAAAUGAGAAGAGCAAAACAUGGUAGAAUAAUGUGAAGCUAAAUGUUUUAAAUGCUCUGAAUUCAUGCAGAAAAGGUUUUUAUAAAUUACUUCUCCUGGACAGAAUGUUUAGAGAAGAAAUGUGAAACAUGAUCUAAUGCAAGAUAAAGGGAAAUUCAUUGGAGGUUGUGUUUUCUAUAACUGCAGCUAAGUAUUUGACAUUGUUUAUUUGAAUAAGUACAGCAAUAAUCGCUUAUGUAACUUAGUAAUGUUGCUGCAAUCCUGUUGUACUCAUUUUUACAACAAAUUUCUAGUAUUAUGAGUUCUAUUAGUAAAUUCACCUAAGCAUACAAUCAGGUUUUACCUGAAGAUCAUUUUUUAGUGUUACAUUUACAUGUUUGAGAAACCUAUUACUGUAGCACCAUAGUUCAAAACUUAAUACUUGUUUUCCCCAGAAAUUUUUGUUUCUUUUGAUUGCUUUAUUGAUUUAAUCAAUUCCAGUUUACUACUAAAAUACCAUUUAGAUGAAGAUUUAUGUGUGUGUGUGUAUGUGUGUGCAAGGAAUUUAAGAAAUUUGUAAUACCAUGCUUAAAUUUCUUUCACCCAUUUGACUUACAUUAACUGUUACAACUAGACUCAUUUCAUUAAGCAAAUUUUGCCAAUUCUUUUUGCCCUAUACGUAAUGUAAUCUGACUAUAAUAUGUUCAUAAAAUGCUUAUUUUUAAAUUGCAUUGUUACUUUCUUGGAUACUCCAUCCUUUACUCAUGAUACUCUUGAUAUGAGGAGGGCAUUAUAAUGCUAUGUAUUCACUCUUUGUAGUUGUCUUAUUUUUUAAAUUGAAAUUUACCUCAUAUAUAAUUUGGUUAAGUAGACAGCUGAGAUUUUGGUAGAAUCAAGUGAAAUGUGUACAAAUUAGAAGUUGUGCUUUUGAACUUGAGAUAUACAGCCAUUGGUCAUAUAGCAUACUUUAUACAAAUAAGUUAUUUUAAAGUACCAUGUCUUAUGAAGACUGACAUUUCUAAUAAAAGAAUAAACUAAAGACAUAUGUUUAGAUGGGCACCAAAUUUUGAUUUGAACUAGACAUGUUCUGAUGUUAGGUUGUAGAUAACCUGUAGGCAUUUCACUUCUUCUGUAGGCAAGACCAGGCUCUCUAAUUUUGGAGUAAAGGGCCUGAAAAUACCAACUCUUAAUCUAGAAAUAUUUGCUGAUUAGGAUGCAAUUGCUUCUUUCUGUUAAGUACAUCGCUUCAACAGAGGUCAUGUCCUUUCCUUUCCCACCAGGACAUGACUUGAGCUUUGGUUGUAAUCUACCUUUGUUCUUAAAUUUUUCUCAUUUAGUUGUUCUGUGUUUAGGUCUUGUGUUCUUCCUUUAGAAAUUAAGAAGUCACAUGUGAUGCUUUAAAACCUAGGAAAAUCAACAUGACUUAAUGUUGUAUAUAUCAUAUGAUCACUUUUCUCAUAGGAAAAAUGUGGUCCAAAAUAGCACAGGUAGCACUCAUUAAACAUCUAGUCAAUUUAAAAAAAACCAAAAACAUCCAUGUACUCUGUUUUGUCUUUGUCUGUUUUAUGCCACUAGAGUAAAUGUGUCCGAGUAGUAAAUUCAAAGCAUUUCUUUCUGAUUAAAUUGUAGAAGUAGUAAUUAAUACUUUACAAUAUAAGCUGAUUAAUAAAAAUAAAUAACCUCUA